CCGUGGCGUCGUUGAUUCGUGCGGGACAGCCUCUAUCUCGAUCUCCCAUUCUCCCAACGCAACUCCGUAGCUCAGUACUGCUCGACUAGAUUCCCAUCGCAACUCGCCGCCCCCGCCGCCGCUCAAGGACGCGCAUCAGAUGGCGUCGCCGGUGCCGCCGCCGCAGCAGCUGAGGGACGCCGUGGGCGGCCUCGACCGGGACCCCUUCGUCGCCCUCCUCGGGAAGCUCAUCGGCGAGACCCGCCGCCUGCAGAACGACCCGCCGGCCCACGUCCCCCAGGAGGACCUCGUCGCGCAGCACGUGGUCGACGCGUUCCUCCCGGUGUCCACGGAAACCGGGGGCGGCCCGCUGGUCGUGCGGAAGGUGAGCUACGCCGAAGGCCGGAGCAACGUCAUCGUCGAGUACCCCGGCACCGUCCCCGACCGCGUCGUCUCCUUCGUCGGCAUGCACAUGGACGUCGUCCCGGCCAACCCCGACGAGUGGGAUUUCGAUCCCUUCUCACUAACCUUCGACAGCGAAGACAAGGACAAGCUUCGGGGCCGUGGGACGACCGACUGCCUUGGCCAUGUGGCGCUGGUUGCUCAGCUCAUGCGGCGACUUGGUGAGGUCAAGCCGGUGCUGAAGCAUUCAGUCAUAGCGGUGUUCAUUGCCAACGAGGAAAACUCACUGAUCACUGGCAUUGGUGUUGAUGGCCUUGUGAAGGAUGGGUUGCUGGAUAAGCUCAAGAAUGGACCCUUGUUUUGGAUAGAUACAGCCGAUAAGCAGCCUUGCAUUGGCACAGGUGGAGCGAUCACAUGGCAUCUGAAGGCAAUUGGGAAGCUAUUCCACAGUGGCCUCGCACAUAAGGCAAUAAAUUCCAUGGAGUUAAAUAUGGAAGCACUUAAAGAAAUACAGACCAUGUUCUACAAUGAUUUCCCUGCACACGAGAAAGAGAAGGUCUAUAAGUUUGCUACCCCAUCUACGAUCAAACCGACAAAAUGGAGUUAUCCUGGUGGGGGUCUGAAUCAAAUUCCUGGAGAAUGUACAAUUUCAGGGGAUAUAAGGUUGACUCCUUUCUAUAGCACAAAAUCUGUGAUGAAGAAAUUGCGAGAGUACGUAGAUGAUAUAAAUGAGAAUCUUGAAACAAAGCUUCAACCUCGUGGUCCAGUGUCUAAAUAUGUUCUUCCUGAUGAAAACCUGCGAGGAAGGCUUGAAAUCACUAUUGAUGAAGAUGUGAUGAACGGGGUGGCUUGUAAUCUUGAGUCCCGGGGCUUUCACGCAUUAUGCAAAGCAACUGAGGAAGUCGUAGGUCAUGUGGAACCAUAUUCCAUUACCGGGAGUUUGCCCCUGAUUAGGGAAUUACAGGAUGAAGGAUUUGAUGUUCAGACAGCAGGAUAUGGUUUACUCAAGACAUACCAUGCAAAAAACGAGUACUGUCUAUUUUCAGAUAUGGCCCAAGGCUUUCAAGUGUUUCUAAGCAUCAUUUCACAGUUGGAGGUAGAGGUUUGAGUUUUCCUUUAGAGAGGAAGUAUGACUUUUACUGGCACUUGUUCUAUUACUUGUUCUGUUACUUUGCUCUAAUAAUGGUCCUCUGCUCCUGGGCUCCUGUUUCUUGUUUGACCUCAUGUUAUAUGGCGCGUACAAACUCUAGUCGAAAUAGAACAAUUCCGUUGUGUGACAAUCAAAUGGGUGCUUUUUUGCCUGUCCAA